AUGAACGGUUGAUUUUGUUUUUAUAUAUAGUAUAUUGUAUGUACAUGUAUAUAUAUACAUUAGAUCUUCUUCAGAAAUUUACUAUUCCAUCAUCAUUCAUAACAGAAACUCCAUUCUUGAAUUCCAUAAAAAGCUGAUAUACAAGUAGUACUGAUCAAGGAGAAUACAUGGCGUCCUUGGCAACAGCAGAAGUGUGUGAUGUGAAUGCAGGGCUUCUGUCAAAUGGCGAACUACGAGUUUUGCCACCGAUCUUCCAGAUGUAUGGGCAAUGUCGAGCUUUCUCUGGCCCCAUUACCACCCUUAAGGUAUUUGAGGACAAUGUCUUGGUUAGGGAGCUUCUUGAAACUAGAGGCGAAGGAAGAGUGCUUGUUAUAGACGGUGGAGGGAGUAUGCGAUGUGCUCUACUAGGAGGGAACUUAGGACAAUUAGCCCAGAAUAUGGGUUGGGCAGGUAUUGUAGUUAAUGGUUGCAUUCGUGAUGUAGACGAGAUUAACGGUUGUGACAUUGGUGUUCGUGCAUUGGCAUCACACCCUCAGAAAUCGAACAAGAAAGGGCAUGGCGAGAAGCAUGUUCCAAUUUAUAUUGGAGGGAUGUUGAUUCGUGAAGAAGAGUGGUUAUAUGCAGAUAGUGAUGGCAUCCUCAUAUCAAAAACUGAAUUAUCAGUCUAAUUCAAGCCAUAUAGCAAGCGGAAUCUUCAUUUUGUGUUGUGUUUAAUAGAUAGUUUCAUUCAUGUAAUCUAAUAAGGGCGUUGCAAUUACUAUUUUGUAACUGUGGGCUUCUGUACCAACACCAAGCAGUUUAAAUUUGCUCACAGAAUGAAGUACUCUGGAUAUUUGUUACAUAAUGGAGGCAGUUUCUUAUA